AUGAAAGCAAUCAGGCUCUCUGUUUACUCAAGCAAGUGUCGUCUUGAUAAAUUUACAAAUCAACGGCCAUCUUUAAACAAUCCAAAAAAAUUAUUUGAAGAAUUUAAGAAGCGUGGACCUUUUCAUUAUUUACAAUUUUGUUAUUGGAAGUUAGGAGAUUUAAAACAAGCUGUCAAGUCAGCCUUUACUUUUUUAGUGGCCAAUCCUGGUGAUGAAGAUACUUUGAAUAAUUUACAUUUUUAUAUGGAACAGCCUGGAUUUGAGCGGGAAAUGCUCAUUGAUGAGUGGCAAUAUCGUCAUGAGGUAUAGCUUUACUAAAAUCAUACAUAUAGCUUUACUAAAUCUCUUCUACCUGAUCCCUUCAAAACACCCGAGAUAACUGGGGAGGUUGGGAUUAGAUUUUUUGUAGUGUAUUAGACAUGAGAUAUAUGGGAGAGGGUGGAAAAUAAUGUUUAUGAUAUUUUGGAGAUUACUUGGGAAGGAUAAGAUUUACCUGGAAAAGGGAGCUUGUGAGGGAAAUAAAAGUUAUACCAUCGUGUAGAGCAUCGUCGAAAACCUUUAUGGUUUCCGGCUUUUUCGGCUCCGACCCCCAUUUCGAAAAGUUAUAGGUCUUCA